AUGGCCGAGAAGACGUCCCAGCAAGUGUACCCGCUGGCACCGGCCAAUGGAGCCCCGAGGAGCGACGAGGAGGCUCUGACCGAGAAGGAGGCGAAGCGGAAGAAGCGGGUCAAGCUUGCCCUGUACAUCGGGGCGUUCGCGGUGUUUCAGGUGAUCGUCAUCCUGGUGUUCGUGAUGGUCGUGAUGCGAGUCCACAGGCCCAAGUUCCGCGUGGGUGAGCUCCGUAUCCAGAGCCUCAACACAGGGUCCCAGAACUCCACGUCCUUCGACAUGAGCUUUGUGGCCCCGAUCCGGGUCAAGAAUGCCAACUUCGGGCCGUACAAGUAUGACGCCACCACAGUGGUCUUCACCUACGGCGGGGUCCAGGUGGGGCAGGCUGCAGUCCCCAAGAGCAAGGCUAACUUCAAGUCCACAAAAAAGAUCGACUUGACCGUGACGGUGAGCUCAAGCAAUCUGACUAGCGUCGCCGCCGCCUCCUCGGCCCUUGAGAGUGAGCUAAGAUCCGGGAACCUGACACUCCGGAGCCAAGCGACGAUGACAGGGAAGGUGGAGCUGAUGCUUAUCUUCAAGAAGAAGAAGUCCACUUUCAUGGACUGUACCAUGGUCAUUAAUGCAUCCACCCAGGCGGUUCAGUCUUUAGCGUGCAAAUGA